UUAAUUACCGCUCGCACUGCUACCGCCACCUCUCGUACUUUCCUUUCCUUCGACAAUCUCCGUCAGCGGUGAGGGAAGCCCGGCAGGUGAUUGGACAACGCUGGUUUCGCAACGUCACAGGGGAUCGUCAGUAUAAGUCAACUCAGAGGCGAGGCGCUCUACAGAUUCAAAUCCAGUUUCUGGGGGAUCGGCAACACGUGUCCUGGACCUCAAACAAUAAUAAUAUGUCUCUACACAAAAACACAACAGAGAGGCCUCCUGUGAGGAGAUCCGAGGCAGACAGACUUUUGACCAGCGGAAACAAACAGACCAACAGACUGUAUCCAUCACUGCCCAAGACUGACAGGUAUGAUGCUUGUGUGGCGGAUCGCUCUGUUGAGGAAAAGCUUCGACCAGCGUCAGUGUUUCAUCCUCGCACGCUUCUCGGAGAAAACCAGUCAGACUCAUCGGCUGCCAGCAGGGAGGCCAGAUGGAAAGCACAGAUUCUUAUCUUGGAGGAGCAAAAACAAGAGCUCCUUUCUAUUAAUGAGAAGUGGGCGAAAGAGUACCGUACCAUGAGGCAAUACUACAAAGAGAAGGUUCAAGAUUUGAAAACGUUGCUGCAACGUGAUUACAGCCAGUUUGAAGAGAUGUGUGAAGCAGGGGAGAUAAACACCGAGUUAUAUGGGAAAUUAAAAUUCAAGACACUCAAAGAUAUAAAGAGCCCACGGACCGGUGACGCUGAUGUCAGCUCCGAGUUACUGAAAGCAGAAAAGGAGGCGAAGGAGCUACGAGUGCAAAACAACACUUUGACCAGGAGAGGGCAGCAUCAGCAUGAGGAGAUCAGGCGACUGAACAAGGCGCUAGAGGACGCACUGCAGACGAGUCAACCGCUAGAAGUGAGCAGUGAAACACUACACGAGAUCUGGAAACAUCAGGCGGAGGUCUACAAAGAAGACUUUUUGAAGGAGCGGCGCGACAGAGAGAAGCUAAAGGAGAAGUGUCUGGAUGUAGAGAAGAAGUUUAGAAAAGUUCACAGUGAGCUCCGUGUCCUAAAAUCUCAGGUGACUCGGACACCACAGCCUGUGCCUGAAUGCAGCUGCACAACACGAGCGAGAAGUCCGACGUGGGACGUGCGGCACAUUAACCCGCGCCACAUGGUGUUAGAACGGCGUUAAAUGAAGAAUAACAACGUCUGAAAUUCAAAUGCUCCUCGCUCUAUGUUUACAAAUGUGUGUUGCGCUUUAUUGAGGCGUGAGCUCAAGAGUGCAGCAUUAGCAGGGUGAGACUUUGCCAGCUUAUAGCAGGCAGGACUCUGUUCUGUCUUGAGUCUUUGGCCGACCGCCUGCUGCAGGUUCAGCUUCAGGUAGCCUUCGUUGUGAUCGUAGCGAGGCCAUUCUACCAGCCCGGGGUCCAUUAGGUGACCCGUAUGGAGGAAGACACACACACACAAACAUGAACCUCAUGUGAAGCAGCACAUACUCCACCCAUUGUGUGCAAAUUUAGCAAUGCAAGCCAUCACGGCCUUUCUUAGCCCCUCCUCUUCUUGUGACAUGGGUCCAUAUCAACAACCUAAAACACUACUGAGUUUCAGAAAUGAAUGUGGGAUCUUCCUGUUUGAUGAACCUUGAACGUGAAGUUGCCCAGUAAAGAAGAGAUGUCUAAGGAAAAAGGAAACGUCACCGUAGUGGUCCACAGCACUUUAGAUCGGAGGUGAAUGCUGGAACUCAUAGAGGUACACUGGCAACACCUGCUUCUGUCAGGAGGAGAGAGAAUACAGGUUGGAAUAGCACCAAAGGGGCUGUGACUGUUUCAAAGGUGUUAUAAAGCCCCCUGGGUGGUAUGCAGAACCGAACCCAGUCAGAGAGAACAUGGAAAUGUAGGAGUCAUGAAGUCAUGUUAUUUGAACUGUGUAUUUUAUGAAUGUUUUUAAGAAAUCUGUUGCUGCAUAUUCUUCCUGUUUUCACGAGAAUAAAUCACUGACAUCUGUA